AUGCCCCUGCCAGAGCAGCUGUUGGAAACCAGACAGUUCAAUGGCUGCUUUGGUUGCCCAUGGUGCCUAGCAUGUGGAACACUGCAAGAAGGACGUCGUCUCUUCAUCAACUCGGAGCCGACUGCACCAGAGAGGACAGCAGCAGGCAUACGCAGGGACAUGAAACUUGCCAUGGAGCUGCAGACUCCAGUCAAUGGACUGAAAGGGCCAUCAGCUUUCUGGCCUUUGCAGUACCUGGACCUUGUCGAGUGCUACACUGUGGAGUACAGGCAUUGUGUGCUACUUGGGGUGACCAGGCAGUUCACGGAGUAUAGGUUCGAUUCCUCUCACUGCCAUGAAAAGUUCUACAUAGGACGACCAAGCACCCUGAAUUUCCUGAACCGGCGCCUGAAGGGCAUUCAACCGCCACAUCAUAUUACACGCCUGCCUCGCUCAAUCCAGGAAAGGCACUUUUGGAAGGCCCAUGAGUGGCGAAAUUGGCUUCUGUACUACUGCCUACCGUGCUGCCAAAAUACUCUGCCAUCACCCUACAUGAAGCCCUUCGCAAUUCUUUCCGAGGCCAUUUUUCUGCUCCUUCAAGAGCAACUCUCACCUACGGCCAUUGCACAAGAAGACAACCUUCUUCGACGUUUCGUCAACCGAGCUGCAGCAUUGUACAGUGAUAGGUGCAUGACAUUCAACGUGCAUCAACUCCUGCACUUAGCACGGGCUGCCCGCAACUGUGGCCCACUGUGGGCUCAUUCAGCAUUUGGGUUUGAGAGUGGGAAUGGUCAGCUUGUCAAGCUAGUUACAGCAGAAAAUGGAGUUGAAGCUGUUGCUUUGUUCAACAGCAAUAGCGUUGACAACUAA